AUGGAUGUCGGUGGAAUUACCAAAAUCCAGAUUGUCAUUUGUAUUAUUUCCAUCUUUGCAUUUCUUGGAAACACGUUGACCAUUCUAGUGUUUGUUCGUGACAAAAAGCUUUUGAAAAAGUCCUACAACGCUUUCAUUCUUUUCCUUGCCAUAGCAGAUGUGCUGACUGCCAUUCUCUUGAUCACAAGUCCGCGCUUCGCCCUCGGUGACCUUAUUCCUCGUCCAACCGAUCCAGUUCUGGGAGAGAUCUACUGUCGAACGAUUUGGAGCCGAGUGUUUCUCUUUCAACUAGUGUUUUUCUCCAUUUACAUUACAUUGCUGUUAACAGUAGAGCGAUGGGUUGCUGUUGUAAAACCUACUAGAUAUAACUUAAUCUUCAAGGGAAAGAGACUCAUGGGUUACGUCUUGUUCUGUUGGCUCUGGUCAUUUGCUCUCACUGGAACAAACUUGUUUGACGUCGGCUAUGAACCAAGUUCAUCAUCCAAUGACAUCUGCAAAUUCAACUUUAUUUCAUCAGGCUCUAUCUUCCGCACGUCUCUGUCUGUGUUCCUUAUUAUCAUGAAGUUGUUCUUUCCAUGCCUUUCCAUGAUUGGACUGUACAUACAUAUGAUUGUGAAGACAAACAACUCCCCAGUUGCCUCCGCGGAGAGCAAGGCCAAACUACGAGGGAAGAUGACAAGAAUGAUCGGCAUUAUGACCUGUAUUUUACUCUUAUGUUAUUCCCCAAACCAAAUCUUCUUUAUCUUUGCAACUGCGGGUAAAGCGAAAAUAGAUUCUACACUCCACCAUUUCACAGCAAUUCUCAACUUCAUCGCCAUUUGUGUUAAUCCAUUUAUUUAUGGACUGAGUAAUCCUAAUUAUGGCCGGCGUUACAAGAAGGUUUUCCUUUCCUUUUUUCCCCAACCGCGAAGAAUCGGACCUCCCAUGUCACACUCAACUGCCAUGGAAGCACAUAAUAUUACUGUCAGUCGACGCUAAUUGUGACUUAUUAUAUAACCACCAAAGAAAUACCAUGAAAUCCUCGCAUGCAUGAUAAAUCGUGCAUUUUGCAGCAAAAAAUUAUCCAUCGCAGCAAAAAAUAUAUUUUAAAGUUAAAUGGUUUGGAAUUUCAUUGGUGUUUAUGUAAUAAGUAGAACAUUACACAGCCGCUUCGAGAUACCAAAUUUCUGUUCUAGUGAUAAAGACUGUCAACAAUGGAAGAAAAAUUAAGUUUCUCCACGCAGGGGCACCCAACGACGGUUUCUUCCUAAAUGCAUUGAAAACACUUUUUAGGGUAUCCAGAGUAUACUUUUAGAUCUCUAGAAAUGCAUUUUAAGCAGCCCUAUAAAAUUUGUAUCUGUUCGGUCAUCCUAGGGCAACUUGAGUCUUUUCGAAAUUGGUAGGGCUUCAGUACUAUUUUCCCGAAAAUUUUAGAUGCAAUUUAACGUUUUACGAAAGUAAGAAUUGUUCUCAUUCCUCUCUCCAUCACAUUUUCAAAUCCGACAAAUUUUAGGAUUCCUUUCUCUACGAAAAGUAGCUUAACCUGGGCAGUGAAAUGCGAAAAAUUAAACUUUAAAAAAUCGUAGGGAAUUUAUAAGAUAAGGUUGAGAAAACUGUACACGAAUGGAAAACUCAUCUAGAAAUUUUUAGCCUUCCUCAAGCUAUAGAAAAUUGUAGGCAAUUUUCCCUUCCCCGAACAGAUAUUUUACAGAAAACAGUCGCUGGGUGCCCCUGUCCACGGCGCCAUAUAAUAUCCUCUAUUAACUAUAAAGGAAUAAGUACAUUCUAAGUUAGUGAAUAGUUAAGAAUGGGAUUAUGCAUUCAUGGACUUAGCAAGGCUAAUUACCACCAGAACUUAAGGUACGAAUAUAUCGAGUUAUGUAUGCAUACGAGAAUUUUGGAGAACACAAGAGAUGCCUAAGAAUUGCUCAAGGCGAUAAAAAAAAUCGAUCAGCUCAUAGGUUUAAGAAAUGAAACAUGAACUAAUUAUUUUAAAACAUAGCGGCAAUAGAGUACUGUGAUUGAUUACAGAUUUGCAAAACGCGCGGUGCAGAGAAAGAAACGCUUUAGAUGCCCUUUCUUUUUUUUACCAUGAUGGGUAUUUCUCAGGUAAGUAACAUUUGCUUUCAACUCCGAAGCCGGAAAACAAAACGGCUUUUCUUUGAAAAUCUUACCGUUCUGACAAUCAAUGCUUCGUGAUUUCUUGAAUAUUCGAGAAAGGGGGACUGAAACUAAUGGCCCUGUAAAACCUCGUUGAGUGAAAAAGGGCAAGUGAUUUGAGUCUGGCCUGUUGAACAUGUAAAUACUCUGUUAGUCGAAAAUGAUGAUUGAUUUGACCCCGCAAUACUCUGUAAAUUAAAAUAUGAGGGUUGGCUAGGCCCUCCAAAAGCCACUAGUAACUGUGAGUGGACUUUAAUAAUUGACUGCUAGAUGGAAAAAGAGGUCUAAUUUCACCCUGUAAAAACCCAAUAAAGUGAAAAGAGCGAGACCAAUUUAACCCUGUAGAACCCUAUAUGUUGAAAAAGGAAGACUGACUUGACCUUGUAAAUAUUCUGAAAUCCCAAAAGGGAGACUUAUUUCUACCUGUCAAUUCCUGUAAACCAAUAAAGGGUGGUUGGACUGACCCUGAAAAAUCAUGUAAAUCGAAGAAGGGGGACUUAUUUGACCAUGUAAAAACCUUGUAAAGCAAAAAAAAAAGGGAAUCUGAUACCCCGUAAAUUUAUAUCACCGAGGUGUUUAAUCAGAAAUAAAUUACAUAAACCUGUAAGUGGAUAAGGAAAUGAUAAUUAUCUGGAGCAAAGUAGUAAGGAAACUAAGAAGAGAGAAAACAAGGCAGUAUGAAAUGUUUAUAUUAAUUGCGGAAGAAAACUUGUGGGCAUACGACAAAUUAUAUAAACAUGUAUUUAAUCAAUUUUUAUUCAUUCGUCGAUAGAUUGGUUUUAUUUAUUUCUUCAUGCUCAUACAUGCAUAUCAUUAUAAACUUUAAAUAUCCUCCACUGAGCUAAUGAAGGCAGGCAGGGGAAACACAACAGGGGCGUAGCCAGGAUUUUUCAAAGGGGGGUGGUCACAGAGGCUACUCACCAGACUAUAUAUGGUUUAUACCGCUGCUCUCCCUCGUGUAUCAGCGGGCUCAGUCGUAUUAUGGCGGCAUGAAGGCCCAUAUUAACUAAAGACAAGAGCAGUUGACGAAAAUACUUUACAAAAAAACAAAUUUUAAGAAAGUGGGCUUUUCAAGAAUGGCUUUUACGGCCAAGAUAUUGUCAUGGCGUUUUUGCCACCUGAAUAUUGUACUAGGUUGUUUGCUCAAAAGAAGGCCUACCAAGGGGGGGGGGUCACGGGCACCCCAGGACCCCCCUAGCUACGCCCCUGCAUAAAGUACACUUUUACUACCAAGACAUGAGAAAGAAAGACAGAAAAAGAGGAAAGAAAAAUGUACGUAAAUGUAAGUUAUUACAAUACAAGGUAACGUAAUUACGAACUUAUUUCACAUUUUAUGUCAGCUUUCUUUUUUUAUUCACUUACAUGUGUCAACGUCCUCCGGCUUGAAAAUAUGUAGGAGGUGAUGUAAAAACGCCUUUAGGUGGCCCGAGUCUAUUAUAAGCAUGUUGGUAAUACUUUAAUUUGAAUCGCUUUUUCAGCAGGAAAAAUUAAACCGAUUUCUAUGAUUUUUGGCCACCUUAAUGAAAAAUAGUACAACUUUAAUAAAAUUUUAUCGAUUCCUUUUAGCUAUAAAAUCGCUGUAGAUAUCAGCAUAUACAUGUAUUUAAAACCCCGUUUUUGCAAAAAAUGUUAAUAACUUUGAAAUGCUACAAUAUUUUUUUCUCUUAGUUCCGCAAAUAAGCCUCAGAACUCUCUAGUUCAGUAUCUGCAAGUUUGAAUUCAAUCGUGACCAUACAAUGCGCUGCACAAAAUGCUGGACAAAUUUUUCUUAAAUUGUUAUGCCAACACAUUUGUGAAAGUUGAUGUACAAUUGCUCACAGACUAUUUUCUAUCUGAAGCAGGGUUUUAACCCAAAAGUUAUAAUGAAAGAAACUACGUAAUCAGAGGCCAACAGCCAGCACAGUUGGCGUUAGAAGAAGAAUAACUUUAUGCUGUACUCGGGGUGAAAUUUAAGAACUUCUAUUUAUCAACUUUACUGUGUACUUGUCCCUUUCUUUUUGAAACAAAUCUUAACCCUAUCCAGACCGGAUAGGGCGUUUGGAGCUCUCCCCCUGCUAAACUUCAAAACCGUUUAUACGAUGACCACCAACUGUGUUGUACUGUAAAUUACAGACCGAGUUUUUUCCCGUCGAUUUAUGGCCCAAGCACGAAGCACGCAGGCCAUAAAUCGAUGGAAAUAAACGAGGAUCCGUAAUUUACAGUACGGAUCGAAACAACGAGGCUGUAUAAGAUGUUUAUUAUAUGGCUUCUUCCUGUUUGGGGGUUGGCACAAUUUGAUAGUCAUUUGACAGGCGUCAAAAAAGAAAGUUUUUAUUGGCGCACGAAAACAAUAGCACAUAACAAAGGCUUUCCGAGAAAGUAAAAACAAAUUCGCCAUGUCAGUGAAAAAGUUUAUUCGGUCAAAACUAAGAGCACGAUAAGUUUUAGCUCUUUAAUGUAACGCUGGAGUAUUUUGGAAACCGAAUACUGUGUCUGUCUAGAAGUCUUUUCCAUCUUUCCUCCGUUUUUCCUUGUUGAAAAAACACUGCAAAAGGCAAAGAAGCUUUUCAAGGUAAGUUUGUUGUCAUUGUCGAAGGAUUCGCUCGUUAAUUGUUUUUGGGAAAACCUCAGUGCUAGUUCAUUCUCGUCUUCAAUUGUGAUCUGCGUUGAAAUUUUCAAACACUAACUAGAAAUCUCUUCCUCGAUAAGGUUACGAUUCACUUUCUACAUCAGCUUCAAUCUCAUUUAAACAAAGCUAGGUUAAAAUUUGCAAAGGCAAAGUCAACAUCCCAGUCCUCAGGGGUUUACAGACAUACUUUAAAGUUUAUUCGGUCAAAACUAAGAGCACUGUAAGUAUUCACUCGUUAAUGUGACGCUGGAGUCUUUUAAAGUCUGGACAUUGUGUCUGGCUCGAACUCGCUUCUAUCUUUCUUUCGUUGGUCUUUGAAAAAACACUGCAAAUGGCAAAGAAGCUUGUUAAGAUGAUCGGGUGCAGGUAUGCUUGUUAUCAUAUUUGUCGAAGGAAUUACUCAUUUUCUCUUUGGCAAAACAUCUCGAAUCUCUGCCAGUCGAUUUGCGUCUUCUUAACUGUGUACUACGAUAAAAUUUUCAAACACUGACUAGAAUCCUCUUCGAUAAGAUUACGAGUUAGUUUCCUCAUCGCCUUCGUUCGCAAAUAAACACAGUUUAAAAUGUUGAAGGCUAAAGUCAACAUCCAAGUCCUAAAGGUUAAAACAGGCGUCCUAUAACUUUGUUUAAACCUUUUUUCGGGGGAAAAGAGAUUUAGAGCCCCGAAAUGAGCAUUUUCUUUAAAAAUUUUGGUCCGUAUAGCAAGUUACGGACCGCAAAUUGACCAAUCGCAUGGCGAAAACAGACUCAGCCAUAUAAUAAAUGUAUUUAUUCUCCAAACCGCUGGGGGCAGGUACACUUGAGCAUUUAGAAAACAGUGAAGUAUAUUAUAUACAUCAGGGUAAAACUCAAUGCUUGAGUUUAUUGGGAUUUUUCUGGCUAUUUUAACAGGCUAUUUUCACGGAAGUAGCGAUUAAAUCAAAAUUUGGAGAUAGAUUUCCUUUAAAAAUGUUCAGAGCUGCAACCUCAACCUCAAUAAGACAUAAAAGCUGUGUCUAAUGCAAUACAUAUAUUUUUGAAAUGUAGUUUAAAGUAAAAUCAUAGUUACUGAUGUUAUAAAAUUUACAAUUUUUGAGUGUCUGAAUUAUUUCUUAGUAUUUCUUCAUUUUCUCCCUGUUUAGUGUUAAGAUAGCAAAAAGUUUGACGUUUUUAAGUAGCAAGUACUUAAACUUGUGUUUAGUUUGUAUCCCUUCCUUAAUUUGAAUUUUCAAUACCUUGAAUUAAGAUAAGCUGAUUGUUUAUUAGCUCAAAAAUUGUUAAUAUAUAUUUGCACGGAUGUUAGAUUUUGAUGAGUAUUCAUUAAAACUUCCAAUUUUAGCAAGGUAUCUUCAAUUCGAACUUGGUAAUUUCCUGUUUAAACCUCAAAUAACACGCGACUAAUAAAUCAAACGACUGAAUUGAUUUUUAACGUUACCUUCCUAUGAUUUAUCUAUUGAUUGGCUUUUUUCUGAGUGGUGCAAAAAUAUCAAUGCAAAUCAUUAAAAGCAAACACCUAAUGUUAAAUGUUAAGGAAACUUUACUAUUUUUUGGUUAUGUGCUAAUGUGAAUUUUUGGUGUUAAGAGCUCCUCAAACUAAGUGUUACUAGGCCCAAAGCGUUGAUUUCCGACAAUCACAUCCAAACACUUAAUUUUGCCAUUAAAAAUGACGGAUUGUGAUUUAAGCGCUUCUAAUCUAAGCUAAUCUUCGGCAGUCGCGCUUGUGACACUCCAGACCGACGAGCCAAUCUACUGUCUUAAUUAAAGUCCGAACAGAAGAUAAAAAAGGUUAAAGAGAUUCAUUUUCUAGCAAAUGAAUAUUCUGGUUACAUUUUGCCAGUGUGAUGGCAAACUCUGUUUUAUUGAAAAACGUUGUUAAAGUCACUAAGCGGAACUCUAGCCUCAGGUGAUUUUCUGAAAAAAUUCUAAUAUGUUCGCACGCAACGGUACAAACUUGAUCACUUUCAAAUAGGUGAAUUCUCUCAAGCCAAAUGAUCGUAAAAAAAAAACAGAUGUCAGUGACGUGCGAACUUAUAGAGCGUUUUCACUCACGUGGCCAGCAUCUAUGCUUAUUCAUUGGAACAAAAGAAAGUUUUCACAAAAGAAAAGAAUUCAAUUCCCACAGGAUUGUCUAGGUACGCCAACAUGGCCGCCGUUCCAUUGUUUUAGAACACCAAUAUGGCCGCCGUGACGUCAUGUGUAAACGCUCUAUAAUUAAAAAGUAACUCGACAAAAAGCCUCUCUCUAAUUAAAAGUGUUACACUCUUUUUUUUCUACAAGAAUAUAUGUUAUAAGAAUAUCGAGGCUGAAAUUUGCAAAAUUUUAAGAAUAGUUAAUACGAAUAAAGCCGAGGCUGGGAUUUCGAAAAGGAUGAUUAUUUUGAGUGAUGAAAAUCUAAAAAAAUAUGUUUUUAACUUAGCCGUAUCAAAUCAAAUUUAUACCCAACAAAACGAAGAAACCUGCAUUGAUUAUAGCCAACUGUUCAUUGCUAAUAACAGUUCGAUGAACGGUACAUGAAACACAUGUAUAGUAUACAGGAAAAAAAAAAUGAACAAACUGCUAAAAGGAAAUGAUAAAUUCUUUCUCUUUAAAUUAUAAUAUAAUUCAAGAAUAAUACAAGAAUAUUUUCAGACUAAAAUCGGUAGAAAAAUAGGAAUAUUCAGCCUGGCCCGAAAAAACAACAUUCUCAUUUUAAAAAAAGUGUGUAAAUUUUCCUGGCAGUUUAAAAUCAGUAGAUUUCAUCUACUGAUUUUUAUAAAUGUCACGAUUUACACCUUCUUACGUUAUGAUUGUUUGGCAUCAAGUAUUUUUUGGUCAUUUGCUAAUUUUUUUCAUUUUAAACGGCUAAAACUGUUAGUUAUGUUUAAUAUCCCCGAUCUUUAAUGCUUAGACCCUUUUUAGGUUUUUUGUGUUUUUAUAUUGUCGCCUAUUUUGUCAUUAAAGGAAGAAACUUUAAAAACGCCACUAAUCUCUGUUCCCAAUCCAAGUAAGUUCCACCUUUUUUCGGUAUUGACUCGAAGAGAAAUGUCUUGUAUUGCAAAUAAUCCUGGAUAAAAUGGCUUUCCACCACCUGAAUUGGAUUAGCAGAAGAUGAAUUUUCGAUAAUGUAUAAACACCUAAAGGCGUGCUGUUCGUUACAAUAAUUGCUUAGAUUGCUUAGUUUGAAGAGGACGAUCGAUACAUGCAGUAGGUGAGUGUGUGAAGGGAUGUAUGCUCCAGUUUAGUUAGCUAUAUAUAUGAUAUAUAGAUUUAGCCAGGGCUAAAAGCGAAGCUGUCGAUAAUAUUUUUAGUUUGCUCAAACAAAAUAUAAAAUCGUGUAAUGCUGAGAGGCGAAGGCAACGAGAACGGUGAAAAAACAACAGUACGGCUAAUUAGCAAAAUAGCAACUUUGCACGUGGUGUACACCUUUUUGUACAUUUCUUUGCCGCUGUCUUGCACGUCUACGACGUGAAACUACCAGAAACUUCCUAGUUACACGUUUUAUGAAGGAAAUGUCGUACGUGCUUUUGUUCACUUUUUUUUCCACUGCCACUUAUUUUCACCUUGGUGGCCGCUAGCAUUUCUCAUUUUCUCGCCACCGCUAGAAAAUUUUCAUGCCGUUCUUCCAACAAAAAAUGUCUCCUUUUUUUUCUCUCGCUCUAGCUUUCUGUCGCUCUUUUUCUCGUCGACAUUCGCUGGCCUGUCGCCCAUUUUCUCUUUUUCUCUGUCUUUCUCUUUCUCUAUUUUUUAAAUUUGUGGACAUGACAAUUAAUCUAAGCUUAAUACUUUAGACAACACAUAUUGAAACAAUUUCCGCUUUCCGUUGUCGUCUUUAUUGACUCUUAAGUUGUCUUUGCUUUACAAGACGCGGGUGGCUAUGCGUUUUCCACAAAAAUAACCUCGAGUUGCAUUUACGUUGCCAUACCCGUUUAUUGAGUUAUUUUACAUUGGUAUGCCUGUACUGCGGACGGACGGGCCGAAGUACAGUCACGUGUGUACCAAAAUUUCUCGGAUGAAUAGAUUAUCACAUUUUCUUAGGUAUAUGGGGCUACACUAGGGCGCGCGCUUGGAGCUCCGCUAUGAAAAAAGAAAUGUAUACCGACUACUGGGUCGAUUGAUUUGAGUUUACUCACAUUUAUGGGUACCUUACUAAACGUUUUCAUCAGUUUUGCCAUUGAAAGCAUUACAAGUUGCCCUCCAUUUCUCUAGGCUUGUGUUAAUCUCCUCCACAAAAACGUUUUUGCUGGCCACAGUCCAACAUUUCCAACCUCUAAGCUAAUCAAAAUUUAUACCUUCAGAAUAUUGUGACGUAAAUCGUAAAGCCUGGUUUUCACUAGUGCAUAAGCAUAAGCAUUAGCCUAACCAUAAGCACUAGCACACGUUGGCUUCUCUCAUUUGAAAUUUACAGAUUAUCUCGGAGAAAAAUAAACUUCUUUUUCAUUUUCAAAAGUGGGAGAAGCUAACUAAUGCACUUUGUAGUAGUUGAUACACAUAGGUUCGUCAAAAUUAGCAGGCAUCUUUAUUGUUAUCGUCGUUGUUGUAAUAUAUACAUAUAUGUUUCGUUGUUAUGUUAUCAUUUUCCUUUUUUUAAAAAGUAGAAUUGUAUAAUUUGAUUCAUUUAAUUAAUGUUUAUUCUUAAGUAACAUUGUAAAACUUGUCUUUAAUUCAAUAAAAACUGUAAAAAAUAAAAAUAAAAAUAAGCACUAGCACAUGUGUAAGCAAGUGAAAACUAGGUCGACAUAAGCAAAAGCAUAAGCUCAAGAAAAACGGACAAGUUCGUUCUUCUCGUGCUUGUGCUUAUGCUUAUGUCGUGACUUUGACUAGUGAAAAAUGGCUCGGCAUAAGCACAAGCAUAAGCACAAGGCCGUGGACCAAUCGUAGGUCACUUUGAACAAGACCUCAUGCGAACAUAUCAAAAGCAAUAUGGCGCCAUAUUGCAAUUGUUCGCCAUCUUGUUUAUCAUUGUGUUGAGGAGAGCUGGUAUGGAGAAUUGAGUCAAAUAUACCAUUCUGCGGGUGCGUAUUUCCUUGUGCUUAUGCUUAUGCGCUAGUGAAAACCAGGCUUUUAGGAAAGACCGUAUCUUAAUCAGGGGUACCCAAUGUAAAAUAUCAGUUCGGAGAAGCAAAAAUUGCCUAGAAUUUUCUAUAGCUUGGGGAAGGCUAAAAAUUUUUAGAUGACCUUUCCGUUCAUGUACAAGUUUCGAAGCUUAUCUAACACUGCGAUUUUCUAAAGUUCAAUUUUUCGUAUUUCACUCCCCAGGUUAAGAUAUUUUUCGUAGAAAAAGGAAACCUAAAAUUUUAGGAUUCGAAAAUGCGAUGGAAAGAAGAAUGAAAAAAAUUCUUAAUUUCUUCAUACAUUAAAAUGCGCCUAAAAUUUUCGGGAAAAUAAUACUGAAGCCCUUGUAAUUUCGAAAAGACUCAAGUUGCCCUAGGAUGACCGAACAGAUAAACAUUGUAAAGCGCCGCUUAAAAUGCAUUUCUAGAGAUCUAAAAGUACUCUGGAUAGCCUAAAAAGUAUUUUUAAUGCAUUUAAGAAGAAACCGUUGUUGGACGCCCCUGAAUCAUCUCGGUAAAAAAUUACAAUUGCUUUUAUAACGCCCUCAUUAGCAGCCAUCUUGCAUGCUGGCGCGUUCUCAGAGGAGCGUAAAUUUGAGAUCAUGGGUCAUUUACAACGGAUGGUAGAUGACACACAUAGGUUUUACAGUAAUUCAUUAAUGAAAUAUGACACUUAAACGUCGUGUUGCUAAGGUUAACCAUAUAUACGCACAUUUAAUCACAUUGUCUGACGAAAAGAGUGGAACAAUGCUCUUAAAAGGCCUUAAAAACGAGUUUUGUAGAAAAUAAAGGACAAUCAGGUCCUUUGAAAAGUUCACGAAAUAUAUAUGACGAUCGACACUUUAAGUUAGGUGCAAAACAAUAAAACUGUGAAAAGGAUAGAGUGAUGAACAAUAACUUUACGGAACUGGCAAUCUGAAGGCCUCUCGGUGGUAUCGAGAUUUCGAGAUUGGAUCAGAUGAGAGAUUAGGUACCAUUCUCCCCCCACAAGAGAAAUCAAAUUUUAAGGACGAAUACUAUCAACUGAUCAUUUCGUUUUCAUCUCAAACAACAGACUUUACGUAUUUAUGCCUGACGUAAAAGGGCUGUAUCAGGCCAGUGCAGUCCCUUGUGUUCAGCGUUUUCUUUUUCCAAUUACUUGCUCUCUCUUCUUACAUUUUGUUUAAAGGUAAGCGUUCAUAUAAUACAAGUGUCGUCUUUUAUUUACAAGAAGUUCCUUUUUGAUUUUUAUCUACUAAUUUGGUAAAUGCUAAAACAGCUAUCCCCCUCAGGGUCGGUUCAUAGCGCUAGAUAUAUUCCUCGACGCUUCUCGUCUCGGUUUAUAUAUCACCACUAUUCACCUCCCCUUCGGGGGAUAGUUGUAUAAUAUACCUAAAACAAACUUAAUUUUCAAAUUCCGUUAAAAAAUCAUACCUGCGGAUCUGUGAGGGGAUCAAGGAGUAAAUUUUUCAACAACAGACUUGAUAAUAGCUGAUAAUUCAAGGCAGUCUUUGCUGUAAUUAACCACAAAACGUCUGGCGAAUCUGUUAAUAUAUUGUCGAGUUUUUGGACCUUUGAAAAGAAUCGGCAAUUAAGACUGUUCAAUUACUCAUCAAGGGAAAAGUCUUUAUGGAAAUUAUUUGUUUCAGGGACUUAGUUGUCUCCAUAUCGCAAACACUUUUAGGUCUCUAGCCAUGUAGGCGGUGUUUAUUGCCUUUCCUGGAGUUCGUAAAUUUCGAUUGUUUUAAAUAGAUGUUUUUUAUUGUUGCUUAGACCACCUUACUCCAGAAACUUGUUUUCCUUUAAGCUAACAAUUUGGCUCACGUCCAUUUCUUAAAUGUUUUUUGGAAAAAUUCACAUUUUCUCGCAUGGGGGACGUUUGUAGAAAAUCUGUCGAAUCAGUCUACCGAGUACAAAUAGGUGAGAUAUUAUUUGUACUCGUCUAUGUUGUUGCGUUCGACAACGCAACUUCUAAUCAUGAAAUCUUGUGGUAUGUGGUUAUUCUGUGAUACUCAGGGGAUGGUCUUCUCUGUGAGUUUUUUGUGUGUGUCUUUUGUUUGAAUUAAGUCAUUUGUGCACGCCUCGGGCACCCUAGUUCGAUCAGUGUCAAGCAGAUGGUCCAACUGAUGAGCGGAUUUUACAUCUGAGCUGGUUAUUCUGUCCUAACUUUCUCGGUGGUGCUACAUUGUUAGGUCAGGAAAUGUUAUGCCGGUCAAAUCGAGCUGAAAAGAAUAAACAUCAAGUAACUUUUGUGCCGUCUGUACGUGCUCUAUUGAGGAAUUUAUUUGUGCGUUUGAGUCUGUUCAUUUAAUCGUAGCUUUUUCUCUCUACUCGCGACAGACAUUCUUGUAAAAAGUAUGUUUGAAGAAUUCUACUCUUGUAUCAGUGAUUCCUAUGUUUAUACAUAUAAUGUUUUAUCGACGUGUAAGAUAUCUGCGCAACGUUUACAAUUUGAAUUAUUAUCCGUUACUUUAGGUAUUGGUUUCGUCAUGGUGCUAGAUCAACAACAUCAGCAAAACUUACAACUGCUCCUUCAUGACUGACCCAAAAACCUUACAUCACCAAAAGACUCAAAGAGUAGGAUUUGUUAUGUGAAGAGUUCCCAAGACACAGUGUAAAUUCUAUACCCCUAGAAAGCAGGCAAUGGAAGUCAGACUUACCGAAACCCAGAUUGCUAUUUGUGUUAUCUCUGUUUUAGCAAUCCUUGGAAACACGUUGACCAUUCUAGUGUUUGUUCGUGACAAAAAGCUGCUGAAAAAGUCCUACAACGCUUUCAUUCUUUGCCUCGCCAUAGCAGAUGUGCUGACUGCCAUUCUCUUGAUCGCGAGUCCGGGCUUUGCCCUUGGUGACCUUAUUCCUCGUCCAACCAAUCCAGUUCUUGGAUAUAUCUUCUGCCAAGUGAUCUGGAGCCGAAUGUUUCUCCUUCAGCUGGUGUUUUUCUCCAUUUAUAUUACAUUGCUGUUAACAGUAGAGCGAUGGGUUGCUGUUGUAAAACCUUCUGAAUAUAAUUUAUUCUUCAAGGGAAAGAGACUCAUGGGCUACGUCUUGUUCUGUUUGAUCUGGUCAUUCGCACUCAUUGGAACAGACUUGUUUGACGUGGUCUAUGAACCAAGUUCAUCAUCCAAUGACAUCUGCAAAUUCAACUUUAUUUCAUCAGGCUCUAUCUUCCGCACGUCUCUGUCUGUGUUCCUUAUUAUCAUGAAGUUGUUCUUUCCAUGCCUUUCCAUGAUU